AUGGGUCCUCUAGAUCGUUGGAUGCAGCGGUUCAACCCUAUCCCUAUCGACCCAGAACUAUCGACCGACGCCAAAGAACUUCGCCUGAAACCGACUUUCCAUCCAUUCCCCCGCCUACCUGCCGAGAUCCGCGUCAAGAUCUGGGCUAUCGCACUUCAAGAUCAGUAUAAGGAGCGUCUCUCCCGUGAAGAUCGCUUCUGGACGCCCGUUCGGGUAGAGAACAACGUCACGCUGUUCAUGAACCGCGAUGGUUUCUACGUUGUUACAAACCGAGGUUACCCUACACACUUCUUCGUCAACCGUGAAGCCCGCGCCGAAGCCGCUCGUUGCGAUGGGGGUGCAUGGCUGUCCUUCGGUGAUGGCACUGCUGAGGUCUACAUCAAUUUCGACAAGGAAGAUGUCCGCCUUCACGACAGCCGCACUGGGGCUCUAAACGAUUCGCUCUGGUCCACAGGCGCGUGGGGUAUCCUCGCAAAAGAAGCGUGGUGCCCUGAAGUUCUUGCGGAAACGAGUGAGUACGGUGAAACUGUCCUCAUGUCGCAUUGGGUUGGGCACAAGAAGGCCGGUGAAACGACUUGA